GAAAAAAAUAUCACCAUGCAGCUUCGAAGCUGGACCACAAGAUUAUUAGUCUGCAUUUCUAAGCAAGUCUGUUCUAUUUUUUAGUAGUAUAUAUGUUCAUAAAAAAGGCUUUUAAUAAGCAUCAACUAGUCCCGCUAGUAGCUACUUUAGGUUUUGGUCACUGGUUAAGAUGUUGGAGGGAAAAGCUGUACUGCGUGAGACAGACAUGCCAGAGCAGAUGCAGAGCCAUGCCAUGGAAUUGGCUUAUCAGGCUCUUGAUCUACAUGAGGUCUCUGAUUGUCAAUCCAUUGCUCAUUACAUCAAACAGAAAUUUGAUGAUGUUUAUGGACCAGCAUGGCACUGUGUGGUUGGAAAGGACUUCGGCUGUUGCAUUACACACUUGAGUGGAAGUUUCAUUUUCUUCCGGGUGGAGAUGAUGGAGUUUUUAAUCUUCAAAGAUGGCGGGGACUUCAGUGAAAGCAAGGAGGAAGCUAUUGGAGUGCUGCAGCAAUUCCAGAAAAGUGACACCUAGAUUCAUAUAGUUUCUUGCCAUGUCUUACAGAAAACCUCCAUCUGCUUCAAGAGGUUGAAAACUUCUAGAUAGGAACUUGGAAUAUGACAGGAAUGUUCAAUUUUGCAAGAACCAGAAAUCUAAAUUAUAGAGAACUCGCUCCUUUUUCUCUUA